UCAGUAAAAAACGAACGCAGCCCAGCUCGCACCUGAUUUUUUGACAUGUCACGUGUACAGCGCGUACUGUUUCGUUUGACAAUUUAGCAGCUUGUUGAUCGUCUCGAAGUGUGAUGUGCACGCGCGCAUAUGUAAAAUAAAAUAUUUGUUUCUGAUAUAUUACUCGAGAAAUGAAUCAACCACAUUGUAAAAAAACACCGAUUGCUUAUUUAACGCGAAAAGAACAAAUAUCUUGCUGCCAUUGCUUGAACAGUCCUUUUCUGAGCGAGCAAGAAAACAAGCAAAUUUAUGGAAAAUGCAACAAUGUUUUUGGACACGGACACAAUUAUACAGUCGAAGUAACCGUUCGCGGACCUAUAGAUCCAUCAACGGGAAUGGUUAUGAACCUGACAAAUUUGAAAAGAUAUAUGCAAGAAGCGGUACUUGAUAGGUUUGAUCAUAAAAACAUAGACAAGCAAGUGGAUUAUUUUGCAAACACAGUAUCAACAACAGAAAAUAUUGCUGUUUAUAUCUUUGAAGAACUCAAAAAACUCAUGCCCAAUCCGGAAUUGUUAUACGAGGUGAAAAUUCACGAAACCGACAAAAAUGUUAUGUGUUUUAGAGGAGAAUAUGAAGAAAAUGUGUCUCCCAAUUCUUAAUUAAGUUUAAGAAUAUGUUAAAAACUUAUGAAAAUUUUUCUAGUUUCAUAUACAUACACGUAUGUAUAAAGAAUAUUUUUAUUUAUAUACAAAUAUACAAAUUUUUGUGUGUAUACACACAUUUAUUUGUAUUCAAGUUGAUUAGUAUGUUAUAACAAUUUGGACUUUUCGAGAUUUUUACAAUUUUAUUUAAUUACAGUUACAGUUACAAUUUAUUUGUGAUUAGAUUGAAUAUUAAAAGUAACAUUAGUUUAAAUUUUUUUAUUGCACAAAUAUAUGGUAAUGCGAAUUAUUUUCAGUACAUCAGGUUUUAAGUACGCUCUUAUAUUUUUACACAUGUUGCAAUACAUAAAAUAUAAAAUGCACUUUUACACGUUGUUUUAUAGUAUGAUUUACAUGUAGUUGCAAAAUAGUUCUUUUAUAUAAGAAUUAACAAGAAUACGUAUCACAAUGUCAUAUGAUAAUUUUAUAAACAUUCCUAAUUCGUUAAUAUGUACAAUUAACAUUUCCGAGUUUUGUAUUUUACAGAGCUACACGUAUCGUUUAUUACAUAAAAUUAAAUAUCUUCACAAAUCUACACGCACCACUUUUUGUAGAGAUCUGUUUCUCAGAUUUUUAGGCUGAAAUAUCUUAGUAUAUAUAUAAGUACCUUGGUAUUUAAUAUCACUAGAGAGAAAAAAUCAUCACCGAGUAAAAUAUUUUUUCUUUUAUGUAUAUUACAUAAAUUUGUCUAUUAAUUAACAUUAGCUUUACAAUUUCAGUCAGGUCAUCAAAUAAACGAUGUUUUUUCUGAGAUAUUGCAACAUAAUCACUAGGGAUACAAUUUUUCGUACAAAAAAAAAUGUCUUUUUUGUAUUCAUAGAAUUAAUAUCGACUCUACCGCAUAAUUGACUCAGGUCCUGCGCGCAAUAGAGAAAAUAUUAAAAAUAAAUUUAUUAAAUAUUAAGAAAAGGAAUUUGUGAAAUAAUGUUACAUCAAACAAGAAAACGGAAUAGAUUGAUUAUUCCAAAUUCUUAUUUUUUAAUUUAUGAUGCGUUAAUUUAUUACAUUGUUUUGUAAAGAAAGAAUUCUAAUUCCUUAGGGCCUGAGCGCAAUAGAGAAAAUA